GGUCCCCACUGAAUCCCCACGCGGGGCCCGGCGGUACAGGAGGGCCAGGCCAGCCUAUGGGGGCGCCCAGAUAACGUGGGUUGGGGCGCCUGCGCCCCCCAUCUCCGCCAGCAUGGCUCAGCCGCCGCCCCUCGGGGAGCUGCCCCCGGGCUACACACCUCCAGAUCGAUCCACAGGACCCCAGAUCCUAGCUGGGAGCCUGAAGGCUCCACUCUGCCUUCGUGCUUACUUCCAGGGCCUGCUCUUCUCUCUGGGCUGUGGGAUCCAGAGACACUGUGGCAAAGUGCUCUUCCUGGGACUGUUGGCCCUUGGGGCCCUGGCACUGGGUCUCCGUGUGGCCAUUAUUGAGACAGACCUGGAACAACUCUGGGUAGAAGUUAUAGAGCAUGACUCCAUGGCCAGCACAGUGCAGGACUUGAGAGACACUAAGAUCAAGGAGACUAAGGCAGGCCUGGCUCCCAAUGUGGCUCAGGAGCUGAGUGGGGGCUGCCAUGGCUUCUCCCACAAAUUCAUGCACUGGCAGGAGGAAUUGCUGCUGGGAGGCAUGGCCAGAGACCCCCAAGGACAGCUGCUGAGGGCAGAAGCCCUGCAGAGCACCUUCCUGCUGAUGAGUCCACGCCAGCUGUAUGAACACUUCCGGGGUGACUACCAGACACAUGACAUUGGCUGGAGUGAGGAGCAGGCCAGCACAGUGCUGCAGGCCUGGCAGCGGCGCUUUGUGCAGCUGGCCCAAGAGGCCCUACCUGAGAAUGCAUCCCAGCAGAUCCACGCCUUCUCCUCCACCACUCUGGAUGACAUCCUGCACGCAUUCUCUGAAGUCAGUGCUGCCCGUGUGGUGGGAGGCUAUCUGCUCAUGCUGGCCUAUGCCUGCGUGACAAUGCUGCGGUGGGACUGUGCCAAGUCCCAGGGUGCUGUAGGCCUUGCCGGGGUGUUGCUGGUGGCUUUGGCAGUGGCCUCAGGCCUUGGGCUCUGUGCCCUGCUCGGCAUCACCUUCAAUGCUGCCACUACCCAGGUGCUACCCUUCUUGGCACUGGGCAUCGGCGUGGAUGACAUAUUCCUACUGGCGCAUGCCUUCACAGAGGCUCCACCUGGCACCCCUCUCCAGGAACGCACAGGAGAGUGUCUGCAGCGCAUGGGCACCAGUGUUGCACUCACAUCCAUCAACAACAUGGUUGCCUUUUUCAUGGCUGCCCUAGUUCCCAUCCCUGCACUACGGGCCUUCUCCCUGCAGGCAGCUAUCGUGGUGGGCUGCAACUUUGCAGCUGUGAUGUUUGUCUUCCCGGCUGUUCUCAGCCUGGACCUGCACCGGCGCCACUGCCAGCGCCUUGAUGUGCUCUGCUGCUUCUCUAGUCCCUGCUCUGCUCGAGUGAUUCAGAUUCUGCCUCAGGAGCUGGGAGAUAGGACAGUACCAGUAGGCAUUGCCCACCUGACGACCACAGUUCAAGCCUUUACCUGCUGUGAAGCCAGCAACCAGCAUGUGGUCACCAUCCUGCCUCCCCAAACCCACCUGGUGCCCCCACCUCCUGACCCACUGGACUCUGAGCUCUUCAGCCCUGGAGGGUCCACACGGGACCUUCUAGUCCAGGAGGAGGGGACAAGGCAGAAGGCAGCCUGCAAGUCCCUGCCCUGUGCCCGCUGGAAUCUUGCCCAUUUCGCCCGCUAUCAAUUUGCACCCUUGCUGCUCCAGUCACAGGCCAAGGCCCUGGUGCUGGUGCUCUUUGGGGCUCUUCUGGGCCUGAGCCUCUAUGGAGCCACUUUGGUGCAGGACGGACUGGCCUUGACAGAUGUGGUGCCUCGGGGCACCAAGGAGCAUGCCUUCCUGAGCACCCAGCUCAGGUACUUCUCCCUGUACGAGGUGGCCCUGGUGACCCAGGGAGGCUUUGACUACGCCCACUCCCAACGUGCCCUCUUUGAUCUGCACCAGCGCUUCAGUUCCCUCAAGGCCGUGCUGCCCCCACCUGCCACCCAGGCACCUCGCACCUGGCUGCACUAUUACCGCAACUGGCUACAGGGAAUCCAGGCUGCAUUUGACCAGGACUGGGCUUCUGGGCGCAUUACACGCCACUCAUACCGCAAUGGCUCUGAGGACGGGGCCCUGGCCUACAAGCUGCUGAUCCAGACCGGGGACGCCCAGGAGCCUCUGGAUUUCAGCCAGUUGACCACAAGGAAGCUGGUGGACAAGGAAGGACUGAUUCCACCAGAGCUCUUCUACGUGGGGCUCACUGUGUGGGUGAGCAGUGACCCCCUAGGUCUGGCAGCCUCACAAGCCAACUUCUACCCCCCACCUCCUGAAUGGCUGCAUGACAAAUACGAUACCACCGGAGAGAAUCUUCGCAUCCCGGCAGCCCAGCCCCUGGAGUUUUCCCAGUUCCCCUUCCUGCUGCGCGGCCUCCAGAAGACUGCAGACUUUGUGGAAGCCAUCAAGGGGGCCCGGGCAGCGUGCGCAGAGGCAGGCCAGGCUGGGGUGCAUGCCUACCCCAGUGGCUCCCCCUUCCUCUUCUGGGAGCAGUAUCUGGGUCUGCGGCACUGCUUCCUGCUGGCUGUCUGCAUCCUGCUGGUAUGCACUUUCCUCGUCUGUGCCCUGCUGCUACUCAACCCCUGGACAGCUGGCCUCAUAGUGCUGGUCCUGGCGAUGAUGACCAUGGAGCUCUUUGGUAUCAUGGGUUUCCUGGGCAUCAAACUGAGCGCCAUCCCCGUGGUGAUCCUCGUGGCCUCCGUAGGCAUUGGUGUCGAGUUCACAGUGCACGUGGCUCUGGGCUUCCUGACCACCCAGGGUAGCCGAAACCUGCGGGCUGCCUGUGCCCUAGAGCAUACAUUUGCCCCUGUGACCGAUGGGGCCAUCUCCACGUUGCUGGGUGUGCUCAUGCUUGCUGGUUCCAACUUUGACUUCAUUGUAAGGUACUUCUUCAUGGUGCUGACAGUGCUCACACUCCUGGGCCUCCUCCAUGGACUUGUGCUCCUGCCUGUGCUGCUGUCCAUCCUGGGCCCCCCGCCAGAGGUGGUACAGAUGUACAAGGAGAACCCAGAGGUCCUGACGCCCCCAGCUCCGCGGGGAGGUGGGCUCACGUGGGGGAUGUCCCCCACCCUGCCCCAGAGCUUUACCAGAGUGACUACCUCCAUGACCGUGGCCCUCCACCCACCUCCACUGCCUGGUGCCUACAUCCACCCAGCCUCUGAUGAGUCCACUUGGUCCCCUGCUGCCACCCCAGCUACCAGUGGCUCUGCUAACCUCAGCUCUACGGGACCAUGUCCAGCCACUGGGUGAAAGAGCAGUUGAAGCCUGGAGACCCUGUUUGGGCCCCAUGAAGUCACUGGGAAGCAGUGGGUGGAUACUGAAUGCAGGAUAGACCCUUUGAGGGCCCUGCUGCUGCUGCUGUCUGUCUAUAUUUAUCCACUCCCCUGACUCAGCCAUCACAGACCUCCCUGAUAGCCAUACAGAACAGCUACCCAUCGGCUCUGAGCAGCCUUGCACACAGAUCUGUGUGUGCUGGUGUCUGUGUCCAGGUCGGGGUGGAAGCCAGCAUUUCAGGCUGCAGUGCAGCGCUGUCCCUCCUCCCACCC